UUGAGCUGUAACAUCGGCCUGCGUAUAGGCCUACAAACGUGUUUUGAUCCGUAUUCAAUAUUGUAUCUAAACUUGAUUGUGCAGAGCAUGAACACCAAUUCAGCCUCUCAACAAGCGUCAUGACCCAGCUCUGUGGGAGACUCUUUCACCACGUCGAGGAGAAGAGGGAUGCUUCGUAGACUUCGCUUUGAUUUGUGCAUUUCACGCUUUUGCAUCUUGUUGACGCUGCUUAAUCUGCAAGGCCCGUCUCUUCUUCAUACCUUCCAGAAUUUGCCGCCCAUACCUUGGCUCAUUAUGACAAAUCUGUAUCAACGCACAAUUUGCAACGAAAGGCACGAUAUCCCACUUCGGCUGCAGAGAUUCAUGCUCGCUGAUGGUCUGCGUCCCUCCGAUAAUCGCUCGUCGGAUCUGCGGCUCCAGCUCUCGCAGCCAAGGGAGCACUUCGCGGACAUACUGACUAAUAGUGACGAAAUGAUACCGGGACGGUGCUUAGACGAAUAGUCGAGGACCCGGACCAGGACGAGGAGAGUCUUCAUUGCAGGCGAUACAACGCCGUCUCUAAUCUGGCGGACAGGGUACGCUGUCAAAAUCAGGCGCUGGGUCGUCCUCGGAGUGUAGGUUGCACCAUCCAUCGUAGAAUUGGUCGAGCACAUCC